UCCAUGUAAGAAGCAUUCCUGUGCUCAGAGCAAGGGGAGUGAGGAUUCACCUCCUCUGGGUCUUUAAGAAAUGUGCAGCUUUGAGCUUUAGGUUUUCUCUUUAGUCCACUUCCGGUCUUAAACCAGCAACAACAACAGAAAAAAAACCCAAAAGAGACACGGUGCCUUCUAGCUGGAAUGCAGAAUCCAUCUAGCUAAAUUGUUUCUGUGCUGGAGUUCACCCGGGGAGACAGCCAUGAAGAAAUUAUUUUCCUGUUCGUCAUCUCCAGUUGCUGUGGAGCGCUGGGGGAGGGAUGAUCAGAAGCUGCUCUCCGCGGUCGAUCGCAGGGAUGUGGGGAUGGUCUCGGCCGUCCUCUCCCGGAGAACCAUCCGACCCACCAAGCUGGAUGAGCAGGGACGCUCAUCGUUCCACCUAGCUGCAUCGAAAGGUAUUGCAGAGUGUUUGGACAUGAUGUUGGCACACGGGACGGACAGUCAGGCACGAGACACGGAAGGCUGCAGUGCUCUGCAUCUAGCUGCUAAACAUGGUCAACCCGAAUGUGUGAAGACACUGCUGCAGCACAACAUCCCAGCUGACUUAACGGACUGCCAGGGUUGGACUGCGCUGCACUAUGCGGCUCUGGCAGGGUGUGCAGCAUCUGUGGCCCUGCUUUGUGGUCAGGGAGCCCCCAUCGACUCCACCAAUCGGGCUGGACAGACUGCGCUGAUGAUAGCUGCUCGGGAGAGACAGGGGGUGGUCUGUGCAGAACUAGCCAGGAGGGGGGCUGACGUCAACACCACGGACCACCAGGGAAAGUCGGCUCUGAUGGUGGCAUCGCAGCGAGGCUGUGUGGAGGCCGUGCGCGCUUUGCUGGCGUUCGGAGCCGACGUGAGGAUAGUGGACAGCCUGGGGGAGGAUGCUGUCCACUACGCAACACAGUCAGGGAGUGAGGAGGUAGUGACCAUGCUGAAGAACGCACAGAAGAACACAGGAUCGGAGAUGCUUCAUUCUGAUGGUAACGAGAGCGGCCAGCCAUUCGAGGCUGCUGUGAGCCCCGAGCCAGCUCACUGGGAGAGCGAGAGGAGAGAGAGAUAUGAGACGGAGCAGAGAGAGAUUGAGAGGUUACACGGGGAGCUGAACUUGAAGAUCCAGGAGUCUGAGAGCCUGAAGAGGGAGACAGAGGCACUGCGAGGCAGGCUGAAGAAACAAACCAAGGCCUUGAGACUCCUGUUCGACACAGAGGGGGAGACGGAGGGGGUAGAGGGAGAGGGGGGAGACGGGCCUCUGCUGGACAGGUUAGCCAGCCUUCUGAGAGAGAAACGAGCCAGGGAGGAUGGCUGGAGGUUGGACCAGAGGAAUGGGAAGAUGGAGGCUGAAGGGAAGAUGAAAAAGGAGCGAGCGAGUGUGGAAGUGGAUGCCCUGAGACUGGACGGAGCUCUGGAGGCGAAGGAGAGCGCAGAAAGGAGGGUCUCUGAGAUCGAGGGACACCUGGACAACAUGAGAGCCAUCCUGUCCCAGUACGAGACACGCAAGAGAGUGCAGAGCUGCGUGAUAGAGGACCUGGAGACGCAGGUCUCUGAGUUGGCUGCGGAGAAUGAAACUCUGAGGUCCAGGCUUCAGGAACUGCAGCAGAACCUGCAGGCCGAGAGGCUGAAGACUCAAGACAGUGUGUCCUGGCAGGACUUCAGUGAGGGCAGGCAGGCACUAGGGGGCAGCAUUGCAGAGCUGAGACACUUACUCUGUGACGUGAGGCUGGGAUACACAGAUGCCUGGAGGAUGAGAGAGGCCAGGCUAAGAGAGAUGAAGGACAGGCAAGCAGAGCUGGACAUGUUAAGGGCAAGGCUGGAGACACACUUUGUGCCAAUGGAGGACCACAGGCGGUGCAAAGCAUCCUGGGAAGGUAGCGUGAAAGAGUUGGAGAAGAUGGUUCUGAAGCUGAAAGCUGAAAACCAAGAGCUACGGAGCGAGGACAACCUCAGAGAGGAGGGGGGCAGGAGGCAAUGUGUGGGGUUACAACGUCACCCAGGAAACCCAGGGACCCUAAAAAGCCGCCCGGUUUCCUGCAGGGAGUUGGACGAACCGAAGACUGUGGGCACAACACGAGCCUGGCAGUCCGAGGGACUGUUAUUGUCAGAAAAACAAAAUGGAACCCAUAGCUCUCUGACUAAGAGCGAAGACCACCUGCAGCAACUGUGUAAGGUUGACAAAGCAACAUGCACAAACACACAGUAUAGUCCCUUGAACAUUAAGGAAAAGGAUUUUCUUCAAGGGGUCUCAGUUUUUCCAAGACUUUCUGGAUAUUUCAAAGGAGAUGAUUUUUUAAACAAAGAUGAACUUGAGGAUGCCGUCACACGGAAACGAAUGGGGAAGGUGUUCCAUCAACUGUCCCCGGGUGGUCUGGAUUUUCCUGGAGAUGGAAAGAAAGCCGACUGGAGAACAUGGAACUGUGGGGAAGCUGCUGUUGAGAAGUCUGGGAGACAGGAGUUCCUAACCCAAGGAGUGUUUGGAAAGACCAAUCUGGAGAGGGAUGAAGAGAAGGGCAUGCCAGAUUCUUCUAGUUUGUUGAAGGACCGUUCGGAAAGGGAGGCAGAUUUCUCCAAAAUCCAGGGCCUGAUGGUUGAUAUCACACAUCUGGAAGAAGACCUGGCUUUAGAACAGCAGGUUUCAAGAAAGCUACAAGCCAAACUUACAGCUCAGGAGAAUGAGAUCAGAGGACUGAGGGACAGCUUCCCUCCCAAUAUCCUGAGAGAGGGAAAUGGAGGGUCUGGAAAAGGCUUUGAUUGCGACGCUAUUGAGGAGCUCUGCUGGAAUAUCGGGAGCCUGGUAAAGAUGUACCAUGAGGCCAGACUCCAACUACAAGCUAUUACUUCAGCAGAAAAACAACAGGGACUAGCAAACAAGCAGGCGUCAGAAAUCAGUGGCUUGAAAACCGAGCUUUCCAAGGCGAAGCAAAAAGCUGUAGACCUCAAAAAGAAACUUGACGACCAAAUUAAGGAGUCUGUCAACAAACAGGAGCAUUUCAGGGUCGUAACCGCCCUGGAAACGGAGGUUAAAGGUCUAAGGUCAGAGGUAGAGAAGAUGGAGACCCAUUUGGGCGAGAGAAAGGCCGAGGCAAGUCGUCUGCAGGCUGAAGUUGAUCGGGCCUUCCAGGAGAUGAGGAGCCUGGAGCUACAGGAGAAGCACAGGCAGGAGGAAGUGAAGGGUUCUCUGGAGAAAGACCAAGCCCUGGGGCAAGAUUUGAGGCUGGUUUCUUCAAAGUGUGAAGAUUUGCGUCAGGAGACGGCUCACUGGAAGCAACAGGUGGUGGAAGAGAGAGAGAGGAGAAGGGAGAUGAGUGGGAGGGUAUUGGCUUUGGAGAGGAUGGUGUGCGAGAAGGAGAGGGAAGCUCAGAAAUUGGCGCAGACGGUGCUCAUGCUCAAAACCAGAGGAGAGGAGUUGACUCAAGCUUGUGAAAACAAGGACAGGAAGAUUGUGGAGCUCCAGACAGAAGAGGAGAGGUUGUCUGCACAGAGGGCCUGUCUUCACAAUGAGAUUGGGAGUCUACGAGAGCAGUUAAAGACUGCGAGGAAGCGUCACCAAGAUAUCGUAUCAGUUUAUAGAACUCACCUGCUGAGCGCCGCACAGGGUGUAAUGGAUGAGGAAGUUCAUCUGAUGCUGCUGAAAAUCAACAACAUUCAGCGGGAGGCUGUCUCCUGACUAGCUGGGGAUUAGGCCUUACUUCCGUCAACAAGGCCUCAAAAUGAAACUUUGUUCCACAGACUGAAAGAAAAAGAAACAUUACGACCUGACAUCUUGUUUUUAUCAGUUUAAUGCCAAUUUAUCAAAUACAUAUUUCUCAGGAGCAGCAUAAAACUGUUUCAAAACACCACAGUUUGUUUUCGUUCUUUUUAAGUGUAUUAUCGUAUCUGAUUUAAAGAGCUGUGUUGAAUCACUCUGGUAUUGCUAAUUCCAGUAAAUCUCAUGUAAUAUCUGUUACCAUCUCUUCGUAGGUCUCACAUCUUCCUGUAUGAAAGAGGCACACGUCAUGUUAAACUUAUAUUUGACUUCUAAUGCUAUUUUUUCAUGGCGUUUGUAAACUAUACAACUGGUGAACAUCUGUUCUAGGGUUCAGGUUUUUUUUACAGCCCCCUUUACCUUUUUCUGGUGCUUGAAACUUAAUCCAAAAUGGCAAACCACCAGAUGGCGCUGGCUCUUAAUUCUAUAAAGACUCGGUGAACUAGCCUGGUUAUUACACAUAUCUACAGCAGCAAACAGGACCCAGGAACAGCUCCUGAACUCAGAUGAACGCGCAUUGACACUGGCUGCAGUAUCUGAGUAAUUUUAAUAAGCAGAAUGAUUGCAGGCAUCAUAAAGGGUAAGGCGCCAGUAUGAAAACAAUUACAAAAAUUCAAUUUAAAAGAAAGAAAAUGAAAAGCUAUUUUUUCUUUAUUAUAAUAUAUUUAUAUAGCGCCUUUCACAGUGGACCAACAUCACAAAGCGCUUUACACAGUUAUGCUGUGAACUGUGCAUUAUAUGCAGAAUCACUUCCAAUAGGACAUUGAUUUAACAUCUCAUCCGCAGGAUGGAGCACAAGGAGGUUAAAUGACUUGCUCAGGGUCACACAGUGAGUCAGUCAGUGGUGGAGGUGGGAUUUGAACCGGUGACCUCCUGGUUAUAACCCCUGGACUUUAACCACUGGACCACACAGCCUCCUAAGCUUUCAGAAUAUUGGGAAGUGUUUUUUUUUUUUUUUUUUUUUUUAAAUAAAUGUUGAAAAUGAUAAAUCCAGUUUCAGGAUCACAAAAAUAAUGGUCUUCGUCACUUAUUUAGUGCCGUGCUCGACUUGGCAGGCCAAGCAUGUUUUUUUUUUGUUUGUUUGUUUUUUUACUGGCUCAAAACAGCAUUAUCUGUG